CGGACCACAGCAUAACCGACCCCACCUCUUCAAUCAAAGAAACUAACUCGCGAGAGUAGCGCGUGAACUUAACCAAAAAAAGAAAGAUGGAAGUGAAAGAAGGUGAAGAUGGUGCAUGAUGAUGAUGGAUAAGACCAGACAUUCAGGUGCUGCUGCUGCAUCUUUCUUCUUCUUAUUGUUUGUACGCUAAAUUCAUCCCACUACUCCUUCUUGCCCCCUCCAUUUCCGCUCAUCUUUUCAAAUUUAUUACCACCUCACCUCCUAUCACAAUCAUAUGCGCCACUAUCAACUACCAUGGAACACAUCUACGGAUUGAUAAACCAUGAGCAAGUUCAAGUUGCAGGUGCAGGUGCAGAUGGAGGAGAGAACUAUCGCCCUGCGUAUGAUGAUCCGUCACCGGAUUUUCGCCGUAAACGACCGAUUCCGAUUCCAAUUCCGCCUGUUUUUGUUUCCGGUUCUAGUAUUCAAACCAGUAGUAGUAAUUAUAAUAAUAACAGCAAUGGAUUAGGUGAGGAAACCGAAGAAUUUUCAAGUGCUAAUCGCGCAAAAAUUGUUUCGCAUCCGCUGUACCCUAGGUUACUCCAAGCUUACAUCGCUUGUCAGAAGGUUGGAGCUCCAGCAGAUGUAGCGAAUUUGUUUGAUGAAAUUUUCAGAGAUAACGAUUUCUGCAGCAGUUCUAGCGCGUGUUCUUGUUUGGGAGACGAUCCAGAGCUUGAUGAAUUUAUGGAAACAUACUGCGAUUUGCUGGAUAAGUACAGAUCGGAUCUCGCUAGACCGUUCGAUGAAGCGACGACGUUUCUGAACAAUAUGCAAACUCAACUUUCGAACUUAUGCAAAGGAGGUUCUAUAACCUACAACACAGAUGAAAGUGUAGACGAAGAUGAAAGUAGUAGAGGGGAAGCAGAAGUGCGCGGAUCCAACUGGACAACGAAUGAAGACCGAGCUCUCAAGGACAAACUUCUACGAAAAUACAGUAAAUAUAUCAGUUCUCUGAAGCAUGAAUUUUCAAACAAGAAGAAGAAAGGAAAACUACCAAAAGAAGCAAGACAAGUACUGCUUGACUGGUGGAACAUUCACUACAGAUGGCCUUAUCCAACUGAAGCAGACAAAAUCGCGCUAGCAGAAUCAACCGGGUUGGACCAAAAACAGAUAAAUAAUUGGUUCAUAAAUCAAAGGAAACGUCACUGGAAACCAUCGGAAAACAUGCAGUUUGCGGUGAUGGAUAAUCUGUGUGGCCCGUUUCUUGUCAACAACUGAUUGAGGUUCCGAAACCGGAUCUCGAACAAGGUGAUUUUUUUUUGUUUUGAAGGGCGUAAUGAGUGUGGAAUCCAAGUUACGCCACAACCGAGCGAGAUAAUGUAAUCAAUAACAAAGAUAUUCAAUGUUUAACGAUCGUGUAUUGAUUUCGACAGAGUUUCGGUAUCGAUUACAAAUAAUUAAGCACUCUGAUACUCUCUCUCUA